AUGAUCAUGGUGAUACUAUUACUACUAUUCGUGCUACAAGGUUGUAGCUCACCACGUUCACCUGAUUUAAUACCACCAUCUACCGCUGCUACUGGAGGGGAUAAUCUACAACCAAGUACUAAUAGGAGGGUCUCUUCCUCUCCCUCUACCACUCUGCAUCCCCCUUCUAGUAGUAGUACAUUAGGUAUUACUACUACUGCCACCAACCAUAUUACAAGAACCUCUCCUCCUUCUCCUAGUAGUAGUAGUAGUGUCACGACUACUUCAGCGCCAGUACCUAGAGGCAGAUGCUCUAAGGGGGAGCCUUCUACCACCCAUAAAGGGUUGGCCAUAUAUGCAGAUUGGCCUCAUAUGGAUGUUCUCACUGAGAAGAAGUAUAUGAAUCAAUUAGGCACUUUUGUUAAUGGUCAGAGUUGUCUCAAUUCCCAUUUCUCAAUUGUCCUACUUGAUCUUACUCCUACUAAGUUUAGUGAUUGGAUAAAGGAUGGUAGGAACGUGAAUGCUCCUGAUACCAGUAGCAGUAUUGCUCGUGGUAAUGACUUCAAGGCAAUGUUAUCGGCUAUUAACACUGCUGGUAGUAAGCUUUCUAUUGUGGUUGCUCUUGGGUAUGGAUACUAUAAUAGUGUAUGUGAUGGUAGUGAGAGUAUAGAUUGUAUGUAUCAUUUCGUUAAGACCUGGGAUAAGGAAUAG